AUGUUUCGCUCUGACGAGAAGGCUAAGCGGCUUGCCAAGGAGUUGGAAUCUCACAGCUUUGAAGAGAAUGGUAACGAAUAUGAGGCGUCAGAAUUUGUCAUUUGCAGGUACGCAAAAAAUAAGCGGGCAAAACUACAGAACUCAGAUGCGCAUCUUCGCUCAAUAGUUAAGGACGCUCCGCCGAUUUUUCGUGGCCUUGUGAUGUCGGUUAACGGAUAUACAAACCCAUCUUUGAUAGACCUUCACCGGAUUAUUGUCCAGUACGGUGGGGUAUUUCUACAGUACAUGGAUAAGAAGAGUAACAUCACGCAUAUGAUUGCGUCGAACCUUACGCUGAAAAAGAAGGUAGAGUUCUCACAAUAUAAAGUUGUCCGACCGGAGUGGAUUGUGGAUAGUGUCGCUGCUGGGGUGUUAUUACCCUGGAGAGAUUACCGGCUGUUGGAUGAUGUUAAGAAUCAGACAAAAUUGGGUUAUCAGAGUCCUGGAAGUCCAGCUAUUACGAAAAGGAAUAGUUUAAGAGAACCCAGCUCUUACAAGCAGAGCUCUGCACUAUCGCUCGAAAAACCAAAAUCUAGGUUCGAGAGGGAUGUUGUUAUUCCUCCGUCCGACGAGCAAGAGUGGGAUGAUGAUUUUUUUCCUUCAUACCAACGUCCGCCUUCGAGCGGAAAGGAAGCAUCUGAUGCGAAGGUAGAGCGUAGGGUGUAUGACAAUGGGGUGGACCCGCCACCUUCGCAUCAACCGAGUCCACCUGAAGGGGAUGAAGGAGAAUAUAUAGUGUCUCCUGUGGGAUUGGUCAAUUUUCCUUCUUCAAAUCUUGAAAACUUUGUUGGUGGAGCUGAUAACCUUAAAUCGCCUAAACCAAAGUUAGGUAGACCGCCUUCACCUGCUGGGAUUGUUAAGGGCAAACUAGCAUACGAACCGGAGUGCAUCAUUGGCCGAAAGCGACAUCCAAGUGGUGCCAAGCCUAAGAAUCGGCGUGGGCAAAUAAAAUAUCUAGUAAAAUGGCGAGGAUACUCUAAUGAGGAGUCCACGUGGGAAUUCGAAAGGGACUUAAAAGAAGAUUUGGGGAAGAAAGAAUUGGAAGAAAUGGUGAAUGACUUCAAAAUUCUAGGAGCAAAGAAAACACCGGAACUUUUGAAACCAGAGUCUAUAAGUUUUACUUCUGACUCUACAGAUAAUUCAGCUCUGUCUCAAAAGGAGAAUCUCGGAAGCCAUCAUCCUCACCUUGGUCCUCAAGUAAAGGUUAGUGUUGAGAUUCCGGACCAAUCCCACUCAACAUUGAUGUCACCGAGAAGAAGCUGGAAGUUUGAUCGUGUUGGUGGUGGUGAUGGUGGUGAUGGUGAUGAUGACACACAAAAGGAUCCUUCGUUCAUCAAAGAGACAUUUAUAGCGCCUCCAUCACAAACCAGCUCUUUGCCGAUGCCAAGCUCACCGCCCUUGGGUGGGCAGCGAAUGAUCGAGGAAGACUUGUCUAGCUUUGAAGAUAAUAAUAUUCCAAUUGAACUAGACACCAAACAGUCAAUGGGCUCUCCAGAGGAGGGUACUCCACGAGAAUCAAACAUUUCUGAGAACAGGUUACCAUCGCCGCCCGUGAAGAAAGAACCAUCCCCAAUCACCAGGCCAUCAAAGCGAACGCUAGACCGUGAAGAGGGCGAAUCCCCGCUUGCGAAGAAAAUACCCAAUGAGAGGGUUAUGACGGCCGAGGAAUUCAACGCUACGCUGCUGGCAGAUCCAAAUGUCAGAGCGUCAUCAGCCCUUGACCCUGGUUUUCUCGAAAAGUAUUUCGACAACAGUCGGCUCCACCACCUCAGCAACUGGAAAGCAGAACUCAGGGCAGAGAUGCAAGCUCUCGCCGCCGCUAAAUCUUCACAACAUAAGUCGGUGGUCAAGGCUCGGCAGCGGCGGUAUGUCCUACACGUUGACUUUGACUGUUUCUUUGCCGCUGUAUCCACGCGUGAUCGUCCCGACCUUAAGGGUGUACCUGUCGCUAUCACCCAUGCAAAUUCUAUAAAUAGUACCAGUUCGGAAAUUGCAAGUUGUAACUACGCCGCUCGUGCUUUCGGACUGAAGAAUGGAAUGUGGAUGAAACAAGCAAAAGAACUAUGCCCAAAACUGGUCUGUUUAAGUUACGACUUUGAAAAGUACGAGGAGGCGAGCAAGGCCUUUUACGGCGUUAUUCUCUCGAUAAACGGAGAGCGUGUUCAAGCACUCAGUGUCGACGAGGUUCUCCUCGAUGUCAGUAAUCUUGUCUGCGACAUUGGCUUACAUGGGGCAAAAGAGGAGGAGACAAAAGCGCUUGAGAUCGCACAGACCAUCCGGAACAGAUGUCGGGAGGAAACCGGCGGAUGCGAAGUAUCCAUUGGAAUAGGCAAAAACAUGCUCCUGGCGAAACUGGCGAUGCGUAAGGCGAAGCCUGCGGGAAUGUAUAUUGUCAGGGAGGAAGAGAUCGACCAGUUUCUGGACGAUACACGAGUUCGGGACUUGCCCGGUUUUGGUCACAACAUUACUAAGAAGGUCGAGGAGCAUUUCAAGGCUGAUACAGUCCGUCUGGUUAAGGGAAUAAGCAGGGAGAGGUUGAAAGUAGAGCUGGGUGAGAAGACGGGUGAGAAGUUGUGGAGGUAUUGUCGGGGGAUCGACGAUACGCUUGUUGGUCAAGAUGCUUCUGAGAGGAAAACUAUCUCUGUUGACGUCAACUAUGGCAUUCGCUUUGUUACUCAGGACCAGGCAGAUAAGUUCGUAAUGGAUGUUGCGGGAUUGCUUCAGCGCAGGAUGGAGAAGGAAAGAGUGAAGGCGAAAAAGCUAUAUCUGCAGGUCAAGAAGCGGGCCGCCGGUGCGCCAAUGAUGACUUCGAAGCACCUCGGACAUGGGUCUUGCGAUACAGUUAACAAAAGUGUUUCUCUAGGAGCCGCUACCUCGGAAAAGGAAAUUAUGGGGAAGGAGACAGUCGCGAUGUUGAGGUCUUUUCGAAUAUCCCCCGGGGAACUCAGAGGUAUUGGACUCAGUGCUGCAAAUCUUGAAACUGCCAAGGCACACAGUAGUCAGACAAAACUCGAUUUCUCAAAGAGAGCUGGUGAAGAGAGGAACGACAAUCAUGUUUUCCUUCCCCCGCCCCUUCCCCUACCUCCCCCACCUCCACCUCCUCCAGUGCAGAAACCCCGACUUGUACCCUAUGUCAAGCCCAAACCCACCACACUUCUUGACUCCUUCGCGAAGAUGGGACCAAGGAAGGAGCAGGUGCAGAAGCCGAAACCACCACAACCCCCAGCCCAAAGGCCCCAGCCACCGUCACCUCCACAUAGUCCACCCAUGUCACAGUUUCUCAUACCCUCUCAGGUGGACCCUGACGUAUUAGAGGAAAUAAGACAGAGCAUACGGGAGGAAGCUGCGCGCCAAAAGCGGGCUGGGGAAGAAGAGGCGGAGGCGCAGUUGCUUCGACAGCACGAAGGGCCAGGAGAAGAAACGGGCAAAGUGGACGACCUAGAGUUGGAUCUUCUCCCGAACUCCCAAGUCGAUGCCGAGGUAUGGAAGGAAAUGUCGAAGGAGGAUAAAGCCCUUUAUCUUGCUAUGCAAGAGGAAGACCGCCAGCAGCAGCAGCAGCAACAACGCCCUCCCCCCCCUCCUCCUCCAGCAGCAGCACAACUCCUUCGUUCGGCGCCCCCACAAAGCCCACGCAAAAGCCGCCACCUCCCCUGGUCCAAAAAAGGCCCACCAACACCAACCAAACGCCGAAAAACAAUGUCCGCACAACAACAGCAAAAAAGCCUUUUCCCCCCCGCUGCCAACCCGCCUUCUGCUGCCGCCCCUGUUCCCGCCGCGAAGAAAAUCCUCGACGCAAAUGGCAUCGAUGUUUCCUCUUGGCUCUUCACAACUGGCCAGGUCAACAAACCCCUCUUCGAAACGCUCGACGCGGAGACCCAGCAAGACGUAAUCUCCGAAGCUCGAAAGCACCAUACAGCACACCUAGCCCUGCAAGAGAAGUCCAUGCGUGAAGCCGCCGCGCUGCAGCAGCGUCUCGCAAAUGCAACCGUUCUUCCCCCGCUGGAUCGCCAGCGCUACCUUGGCCCUGAGCGCAUUCCCGUGGGGAAUAUCACUGAGAUCAGGAGUAUGAUGGAGGGGUGGUUCGCGGCGGCAAAAGGUGGGCAGCCGGACAGGAAGGAUGUAGAUCUUGUUCGGGGCUUCCUAAAGAGGCUCGUUGUCGUCGAGCUGAAUAUGGAGAAGGCUAGUACUGCUUGUAGGAUUUUUAGGAGGAUUGUCGAGGAGGGGUUUCGGGAGGAGGAGGACGGGGUUGGGGAGGAGGUGGUGGAUGAGGGAUGGAGAGGCGUGGUCGGGGAGUUGAUUGAUGCCGUUCAGGAGGGGGUGAGGGAGAGGGGGUAUGGGCCGUUGGAUAUUUAG